GGCGCCGCCCCUCCGAGCUUUCAUCUGGGCUCCUAUUGGCUUCUUGGUGGGUCUCUGUUGUGUGAACGUCAAAUGUGCCCCGCAGUGUGAAUGUAUCAAAUUACUGGUAGACUCGCACCAAAAGCACGGGGGCCAUCGCCUCCCACAAUUUUAAACAAGGAUAACACAGCGAAGAUUGAUAAAGGAUACUGCAUUUGUUUUUGUUUUUCACGUAUUUAAAUGUAUAUGGGAGAUUUGGAGACCUCCACAUAGCAAGUGUGCGUUGCCUGGACCAGACGACAAUGAUGCAAAGCGCAGCGGUUUUAGCUUCAGAGACUCCUGUGAAGGGGCUACCGGACAUACUUGGAGUGCCAAUGCAGCAGAUCCCUCAGUGUGCAGGCUGCAACCAGCACAUCCUUGACAAGUUUAUUCUGAAGGUUUUGGACCGGCAUUGGCACACUAAGUGUUUGAAGUGCUCCGAUUGUCAAGGACCGCUGGCAGACAAAUGCUUCUCGCGGAUGGGAAAUGUCUACUGCAAAGAAGAUUUCUUCAAACGUUUUGGAACAAAGUGUGCCUCAUGCCAACAGGAUCCCCCUACGCAGGUGGUAAGGAAAGCCCAAGACUUUGUGUACCACUUGCACUGCUUCUCCUGUGUCAUCUGUAGCCAACAGCUGGCCACGGGCGAUGAGUUCUACCUCAUGGAGGACGGCAGACUGGUGUGCAAAGAAGACUAUGAGACGGCAAAACAAAAUGAUGAUUCGGAAGCAGGAGCAAAACGCCCACGGACAACCAUCACAGCCAAACAGUUAGAAACCCUGAAAAGUGCUUACAAGAACUCCCCAAAACCAGCAAGACAUGUCCGUGAACAGCUGUCGUCUGAGACGGGAUUGGACAUGAGAGUGGUGCAGGUUUGGUUUCAGAACCGCAGAGCCAAGGAGAAGCGUCUGAAGAAGGAUGCGGGCCGCCACCGCUGGGGUCAGUACUACAAGAGUGUCAAGCGCAACAGAGGGAGCAGCAAGAUAGAGAAGGAGAGUUCAGCCGAGGAUGUGGGUUUGAGUGACAGUGAAAUCAGCUUCAGAGAUGAUCAAAUCCUGUCAGACUUGGGCCACAGCAACAGUCUGUAUGCCAGCGUGGGGGACGUGGCUAACGGGGGUGUGUUGAAUGGAAGAUUCUCAUUAGAUGGAGCCGUGCAGCCUUUCCAUGACGUACGAGCCAGCAGCCCCUACGGGCUCCCCCACUCCCCUUCCUCCAUCAGCUCACUGCCAGGCCAUACCCCUCUCCUCAGCAGCCUGGGCUUCUCCAUGGACGCUAUCAUGGCACAGGGGGGCCAGGCUGGGGUUGGGCAAGCUCUGCGAGUCAUGGCUGGUGGGCCGACCUCUGACCUUUCUACAGGGAGCAGCACAGGCUAUCCAGACUUUCCCACUAGUCCCGCCUCCUGGCUGGAUGAAAUGGACCACUCUCAGUUCUGAACGCUUGAAAGGAAUGCUGCUAAUAAGCUCCAGAUGAUGGACGGUUAUGGACUUUAUAUUAAUAUUUCCCCAGGAAAUCAGACAUAUUUUUUCAGUAAAGAGGACAAGGGAUUGUGCUACACCUAUCCAACACAAGAACACCUUGUGGUAGAGGCACCCUCUUUCAGGAGAAACUCAGAAGCAGGAUGGACAUCUGAAUUUGAAACAUCUUAUAAAGAAUCACUGGAGAAUAUCCAUAUUAAGACUAUGGAUUUUGUGUUACCGUAAUUUAUUUACAGUUUGGUUUGAAUUCCCAUCUAGAUUUCCACCAAGGCAUCACAUCCUCAUCCGAAGACAAAGUAGAACACAAUCAAACAGAGAAUCCUUUAAAAGGUAUUCCUACAUGUCUCUGAUUGCAGCAGGUUAAUUUUAAUACAACUGCAUUCACUGACAAUGCACUUUAAAUGUGUUGUCUCCAGCUCACUACAGGAUGGCAGGAUGAAUGCACAAUGUGGUCAUAAUGUGGAGAAAAAGAACCGUGUAAAAGGGAAUAGAAAUGUAUAGUUGUGGCAGAAGAGUUAAAACACUUUAAAAACAGGCACGACUCAAGGUUUUUGAGAAGCAUUAUUAUGUCUGUAUGCGUGGAUGUGUUUGGGUGCCAUCGAAAAUUGUUUACUUAUUUGUUCACAUUUGUUAAAUUAUAAUGAGCAUAUUUAUUAAAAUCAUUUUAAUGAUGGCAAACACUAGCAGUCAUGAACAAAAACCCUGCAUUGAUCAAAGGAACCUGGUUCUACAAACGUGUGUUGGCCCAUAUGAUAUGUGUCAAUAACACUUCAUGGAUGCUCCAAUGUCUGUAGGUGUCGUUUGUGCUUGACCUGAAUCUAAUUUCCCAAUUGUGUCACUGAGCCACACUCUUAACUUUUGGAAAAUGAGAGAGAGGAUUAACAAAACAAUAAAACACACAUGGCAUGACCAAUGAAAGGCUAAUGGAGUUCUAUUAAACAGCUCAAGCGUUAACAUGUUAACCAUAACAUCAUCAUUCAUUAACAACAGUUUAUGAAAAACAGACAUCUUUGAGUUCCAACAGACUUCUUCAUGUUUUGGAGUUUUAAUUGUAUAUUUUGUACUGUUUAGAAGGUGUUGAUUGUGUUUCGUUAGCACUAUUUAUGCCAUGGGACUUGGUGACAGAGCACUAAAUCGAUUGAUAUAUGCCUUCUGUGCAAUGGGAUGAACUGUGUCAAGUCAAAUCUAUGAGAGAAAAAAUAAAUCCGAAUUGCCUUUGGGUUA